UAAACGUGUUUUCACUAACAUUCGCUAACAUUCGCUCAACGGUUGCACAACCAUUGUAUUUUCUGAACGUAGCCAUUCCGCGACGGUGUAUCCACUUGAUGUAUUUGCAUUUUUAGAGACCUUCACAGAACAUGCGCACGUUCAUGUCAAGUGUAGUGCGAGGGGAAUAAUAUUUUGGCUUUCGGGGGCCUAAAAUUAGCCGGAAAAUGCAUAAAUUAAAAUUUUCACAAAGAGACAAAGUGAAAAAAUUUAUAACAUUUACACAAACUGGAGAACAGACUGCGAUAUAUUGUUUAGCCCAAAAUGAUUGGAAACUGGAUCUCGCAAGUGAUAAUUAUUUCCAAAAUCCAGAAGCUUAUUACAAAGAACCGAAAAAUUCUGUUGAUAAAAAGAAGCUGGAAAUAUUAUACAGCAAAUACCAAGAUCCAAAUGAACCCAAUAAAAUCACAGCGGAUGGUAUCAUGAAAUUUCUGGACGAUUUAAAUUUAAGUCCUGAAAGCAAAUUAGUUUUAAUCAUCGCAUGGAAAUUUCGCGCUGAAACACAAUGCGAAUUUACUAAAGAAGAGUUUAUGAAUGGGAUGAUAGAUUUGGGUGUUGAUAGUAUAGAUAAGUUAAAAGCACGUUUAGGUAAUUUAGAAAAUGAAUUAAGGGAUCCUAUAAAAUUCAAGGACUUCUAUCAUUUCACAUUUAAUUACGCAAAGAAUACAGGGCAGAAAGGUUUAGAUUUGGAUAUGGCAAUCGCUUAUUGGAACAUUGUAUUAGAUGAUAAAUUUAAGUUUCUUCAAUUAUGGUGUCAAUUUUUACAGGAACAUCACAAAAGAUCAAUUCCAAAAGAUACAUGGAAUUUAUUAUUAGAUUUUGCACUUAUGAUUAAUUCAGACAUGAGUAAUUAUGACGAGGAGGGUGCCUGGCCUGUAUUAAUCGAUGAUUUCGUAGAAUGGGCACAACCUCGAGUUCGUCAGUCUCUCUAACGAUUUUUUUUGUAACGCUCUUACAUGAUACUUUUAAUUUAUUCAAUUAUAAAAUUUAUAUUUUCCAAAUAUUUCAUCAAAUAACAUUUUUCUAGUAACAUAACAUCAUCUUACUUUCUAUACAUAACUGCAGACAAAUUAAUGUACACAAUAUUACAAUUCAUAUACUGUGUGUAUAACAUUCUUAUAAUAUGCAUUCUCAAUAAUGCACAAUUUGUUGCUUUGGUAGAUAGAUACUUACUUUAUCAGGCAAAAUAUGCAAAAGGAGAAAAUUCUUUUGAGUGUUUACUUAAAAAUAACGGUUUUACUUACAUGAAGUUUAAUUUGUGUGAAACGUACUAAUCACAUAGAGUAUACGAAAUUGUAAGAUAAUUUAAUUAUAACUUUUAAUUUAUCUUGGAUGCUUAAAAGAAAAAAGCAUUGCCUUGAGAAUGAUUAUAUUGUACAAAGUAAUAUGAUGUAUAAAAUGUUUAUUUAUACAUGGAAAUAUAGCAAAAAGUUGCUCAACCACCCCGACCGGUGGUACUUGCAAGCAGUUUUUCGAAAGAAUGUUUCUCGGCGUGUUCCUUUAAAAAAAUGUACUGAAAACCACACUAGCAGAGGGAUUAGCUUAUACGUUCAUGUAGAUAGUAAUUUCUAGAAAUUGCGUUGUUGAAAACUGUUAUUAAAUAAAUUUUACGAUCUAUUAUACGACACUUCUAAUGUACAUAAUAACAUGAAGAGAAAGAAAUCUUGUAUUUUAAACAUUGCUAUAUAUUUCGGCAUCAUUCUACUUACCUUUUAUAUUCAAAAUGAUAAAGAAAAAGAAAUUUUUUUCUUUGUACACUAAGAAAAUAAUACUUUAUAUUGUGCUUUUGGAACUUAAAGAUAAUUUUUAUUUUCAAUUAUACGUUGCGGUAUAUUUAUUGAACUGUUAGUAUAUAAGAAGAAAGUAUCAUUACGUUCUUUAUAUAAAUAGAUUUGGUUCUCUUAACAAAUUUGUCACAGUUAUCUUGUACGUUGGAUAUUAUUCUUUUUACUAUGUUCUAUACAAAUUCAGUAGUAUAUUUGUUUUCGCGUGAUUUACACGAAAUUACGUGAAGAUUAUAGAGACAAUGUAAAAAAAUUUCAUAGUACUAUUAAUUGAAGCUAAUUGUUAAGAAAUCAAAAUAUUUGUAGAGCUACUUAUAACGUUACAUCUAAAAACGAAACUUUCAAGUAAAAUUAUAUCGUCCACGCAUUUUUGAUUAUAUUUUAUAAGCGUAAUAUGACAUAGCUAAAAAAGAACAUCCCAAGAUAUAAAUUAGUGUACACUUAUUAAUAUAUAUAUGUAGUUACAUAUCACAAAGAUAUGUUUGCGCAAUGCUAAAUCUGUUCACAUAUAUAAAAAUAAUAUACGUGGUGUUUUUUAAAAACAAUAUUAAAAUUGUUUCUUGAAAUGGUAUUAUUUUUGAACAUAAAUCGAAAUUAUUUUCUUCGGAUAAUUUCAGCAUUGUGUAAACAAUAAAACGUUUUAUCAGCCUUAGGACAGAGAGAAAGUAAAAUGUACAUAAUGUAAAUAAAUAUAUCAGUCUUAAUCUAAUCAA